ACGACGCAAGCCUCUGAUCUGCAGUCCGCUGCCCAACCGGCUGAUCCAACCCAAACGUCAGCUGGAUAAAAAUACAUCACUUACAGCAAAACCAGGCCGCUCUUUAUUUUACAAUAUAUAUUUUUUGUCCACCAUACUCUUUCCAAAACAACUGCGUUUAUUUAAUACUCGUGCGAGGGAGAAUCACCAAGCAUGUUCUACACCUGUGGACCCAACGAGGCAAUGGUGGUGUCAGGGCUGUGUCGCUCUCCUCCCAUGAUGAUAGCUGGAGGCCGAGUGUUUGUCAUCCCAUGUUUUCAGCAGAUACAAAGGAUCUCCCUGAACACUCUGACUCUGAAUGUGAAGAGUGAUAAAGUCUACACCCGCCAUGGAGUGCCCAUCUCUGUCACCGGCAUAGCUCAGAUGAAGAUCCAGGGCCAGAACAAGCAGAUGCUGGCUGCGGCCUGCCAGAUGUUCAUGGGGAAGUCGGAGGCGGAGAUCGCUCACAUCGCCUUGGAGACGCUGGAGGGACACCAGAGGGCCAUCAUUGCCCACCUGACUGUGGAGGAGAUCUACAAGGACCGUAAGAAGUUUUCAGAACAGGUCUUCAAGGUGGCCUCGUCUGACCUGGUCAACAUGGGCAUCAGUGUUGUCAGCUACACGCUAAAAGAUGUUCACGAUGAUCAGGACUACCUCCACUCCCUGGGAAAGGCUCGCACUGCGCAGGUUCAGAAAGAUGCUCGCAUCGGAGAGGCCCAGAAUAAGAGAGAUGCUGUUAUCAGGGAGGCCCAUGCGAUGCAGGAGAAGAUCUCGGCUCAGUACAAGAAUGAGAUAGAGAUGGCGAAGGCCCAGAGGGACUAUGAGCUGAAGAAGGCUGCUUACGACAUUGAGGUCAACACCAAGAAGGCUGAGUCUGAGAUGGCCUACCAGCUUCAGGUGGCAAAGACCAAACAGCGCAUCGAGGAGGAGAAGAUGCAGGUGCAGGUGGUGGAGCGGACCCAGCAGAUCAUGCUGCAGGAGCAGGAGAUCACCCGCAGGGAGAAGGAGCUGGAGGCCAAGGUGAAGAAACCCGCUGAGGCUGAGAAGUUCCGCCUGGAGAAAUUGGCUGAGGCUCAGCGGCUCAGGUUGAUCAUGGAGGCAGAGGCUGAAGCCGAGUCCAUCAAGAUGAAGGGUGAGGCUGAGGCGUUCGCGGUGGAGGCAAAGGGGCGUGCAGAGGCAGAGCAGAUGUCGAAGAAGGCAGAGGCUUUCCAGCAGUACAAGGAGGGAGCCAUGGUGGACAUGCUGCUGGAGAAACUGCCGCUGAUUGCAGAGGAGAUCAGCAAGCCUCUGUCGGAAGCCCAAAAGGUUACCAUGAUUUCCAGCGGAGGUGCAGAGGUGGGUGCAGCCAAACUGACUGGGGAAGUGCUGGACAUCAUGACACGCCUCCCAGAGACAGUGGAGAAACUGACGGGCGUCACCAUCUCCCAGGCGACCACUCGUACAGGUUGAAGAGAAUCGACCGGUCCAGUGACCAGGCAGGUCCUCUCUCCCAGUGUCCAAACCAGCUGCCUGGGCUCUCCGCAUUAAUCUACUAACAUCACCUGUCCUCCCCUCCCUCAGUCUCACAUUGUUUAUGAAUUCCUCCUCUGCCCUUCAUGUCUUUGUAUUACCCACAUACACAUUGUAACAGGACUGAAUUCAGCAGAAUGACCACAAUGCAAGACUGCCAACUUUGACGUUUUUCAAAUUGGAUCACAGCCUUAUAAAAAUUCAACUUAGCAGUCUAAAGGCCUGUCACAUAAUGUGUGCUGGGGUGAUGAAUUCAUAUAAAUUGUAUUUGUAUAAUCUGUAAUAGUAUUUCAUAAACCUUUGUCUUAACA